AUCAGAUGGACUGAAAGUCAAGCCAGUGACAUCACCGAGAGGCAGGGAGAAAGCAGCAGCAGAUCCGGAGUGAGAGAGAGACAGAGAGACCUACACACACACACACACACACACAGGGGGAGAGGAAGCGCUGGCUAAGGCCCCCCAGGCAGGAGGAUGUGAGUGAGAUACAGAGACAAGACAGAGACAGCGGAGGCUCCGGUGCCUUUCCUCGCCCCCCCACCCCCCGCCCUCUCUCCCUUAGCCCAGGGCUCCCGGGAAAGCAGGAUGCUGCUCUUACUGCUGCCGCCGCUGCUUCUGCUUCUGUGCUGGGGCGAACCCCAGCUCCAGGACGGGGACGCCCUGGUCGGCGGCUCCUGGAACACCAGCCGGCCCGAGCCGCUAAGAGAGCCGGCAGGAGCAGCAGGGGAGACCGGGAGAGCGAACAACAGCGAGCCCGAGCCGCAGGAGGAGACGGGCAGCGGCCUGGAAGACAGCACUUGCGCCUAUAAGGUGCUGCUGAACGGGAGAGGAGGAGGAGGAGGAGGGAGCAGGAUUUGUUUCAGGAGCACGGACAGCGGGUUCCGCUGCGGCCCGGGUAGCUGCCGGGUGUACCGCUCGGGCCCCUCGCUAGUGGCGAACGUGCUGGCGAACAGCAGCGUCUUCCUGCAGUGGCGGCCCAGGAGCGUGCGCCACCUUCGGGGCUUCCAGCUGAACUGCAGCUGGAGCGGCCUCUACACCCAGUUCCAGUGCGAGAGCGUGCAGCUCGGUGUCGCCUGCCGCGAUUACCUGCUCAGCAGCGUCCACGACAGCGUCGACUACCGCAUCUGCCUGCACACCCUGUACAGCGGCGGCGGCGGCUCCCGGCGAGACGAGGAGUGCCUGCAGUUCCGCGCCGAGCCCGCCGGCAUGCAGGACAUUGUCAUCGCCAUGACCGCCGUAGGAGGCUCCAUCUGCGUGAUGCUGGUGAUCAUCUGCCUCUUGGUGGCCUACAUCACCGAGAAUAUCAUGCACCCCGCCUUCGGCCGGCCUUCCGCCAAACGGGGACGUGAGGAUCACGGGCUCACUACCUAAUACACACACACACAUACAUAAAACUCUCAUCUAUUGAACUAUAGGAACAAACAAACAAAAACUUUUCUGCAGCAGUAAUCAAAAGUAGCCAGGAGGAGGCAGAAGAAAAGAAAAGGAGAAAGUUCACUUGGAAUCAGCCCUCUCCCUGCAGGUUGAGGAGAGACAGCGAAAUAAAGAGACGGGGGAGAAACACACACACACACACAGACUGCUGGCCCCUUGCCCUUCCCAGGAGGGAUCUGACUGCAGCGUCUGGACUCCAGGGGAGGGGGUGUUGAGGGUCGACAGACACAGACAAGCGGCUCCACUUUGGGUUGAAAUGAACACUGGCAGCAGCCGGCGCUGUGUCCCACUCCAAAAGUGACUUCCUGCCCUUCUCGGUGUCAAGGCGGCCUUGGAAACGGUGACUGGCCAGAGGGAGCGGACUGCAAUCGCUCUCUGACACGAAGAAGCACAACCGAUAACAUGAGAGGAACUGGAUGAACACAGCAGGCCAGGCAGCAUCAGAGGAGCAGGAAAGCUGACGUUUCGGU